UUUAAAAGGUUAUAAGUGAACGCGAAUAUUUUUAGAUUUAAAUUUGCGAUAGCAGUAUUAUAAAUAAUACAAUUACCUCUCAUAACAUUUCAGUAUUUAAAGUGUUUUUACAUAAUGAUUUCUAGUAUCCUACCAAUACUGUUUUUUUUUCCUGUUAAAAGUUUAAAAGUAGGAAAGUAAGUGUUGUAUACACUUGUAUUACUCUAAAAAGAAAUGUAAUUAAAUAGAGUACCAUCGCUCUAUCAAAAUAUAAAUUAAACCAUUUUAAAUACAUUAUCGAAACCAUCAUGGAUAUUUUGCAUAAAAUUGGGUGUAACCUCAGUCCAGUAAGUAUUGAUGAGAUCGAACCAAAUUUAUUUUUGGGCAGUUUGGCAGCUGCUAGAGACAUGGAAACUUUGACGAAAUUUAAAAUAACUCAUAUUUUAACCAUCGAUACUUGCCCUUUACCGAGAAAUAUCUCGGAACUUGCCAAUAUCACUACAAUGUUUAUACAUUUGUCUGAUUUACCCAAGGAGGAUAUUUUAAGUAAUUUCAGCCAGGCUAUUAGUUUUAUUCAAGAAGGAGUAGCAAAUGGGGCUGUUUUGGUUCAUUGUUAUUUUGGAGUGUCACGCAGUGCUACACUUGUUCUUGCAUAUAUAAUGAAGAAAUAUCAGUUAUCGUAUCAUGAAGCGUUUGAGAAAGUUAAGGCAAAAAGAAGUAUCAUUUAUCCAAACCAAGGGUUUGUGUCCCAACUGAAAUUGUACAGACAUAUGGGCUAUACAAUCGAAAAGUCAGAUAAAAGGUACAAAUUGUUCCGUCUCAACACAGCAGCCGACUGGAUGCGAAAAGUCAAAAUCCUCCCUCAAGACUUCAAAGACUUAAUACAACCAGACCCAGGCCUACCCCAGUCGAAUCCAGAUCCAAACGUUUACCGAUGUAAAAAAUGCCGCAGGGUUCUAGCCUGUGAACACAACCUAAUAAUUCACCUGAACAGUGCCAAAAGUAAGUGUUCACAAAUGUAUUUUGUCGAGCCAAUGGCUUGGAUGAAUGUGAGUCAAGUGACUCAGGGUAAACUACAUUGCCCUAAAUGUAGUAAUAAGGUGGGGUCAUUUAGUUGGGUUAUGGGCUGCCAGUGUCCUUGUGGAGUUAAGGUGGCACCAGCCUUUUAUUUGGUGCCCUCGAAAAUCGAUUAUACCAAUGUGGUUAAGAAUAUUGAAGUCACAUUUUAAAAAUAUAUUAUGUUGGAUUGUAAAUUUAUAUAAAACUAUCUUAUUUGUAUGUCAUCUAAAAUAUAUUUAUUUAAUUUUAUUUUAUAUUAAAAUGAAAUAUUUUGUGUAUACAGGGUGAGUCUUAAAUAAGUACAAAUAUUUUCAGGGCUGGUAAACCUUGAGAAAAGAAACAUAUUUUCUCUUUACCGUUUUUCAAAUAGGUUGUGAUAAGUCCUAAAUAACAGAGAUAUUUUACUUUGAGAAUUUCAAAAAAAAUUGAUUAAAUUUUGGGAACCACUGGAUCUUUUCUCGGUUUUCUUUCUUGUAAAUUUAAUCCACUACCUGUG